CAUCUGCUUCCACGGAAACCACCGCGCCUCUUGGCACGCUGGUGGCGGCUCAUCUGUCACCCCAUCAGUGGACGGUGCCCCCCCCCCAGAACCCAAUAACUCACCUGUGUCCUAAAAAAAUUCGUCAAAACGGAACUAACGUAACGCGUGACAUCUCGUCUCUGUUGCCCACCGAAUCAUAAUUAUGUUCAACAGAUUUAUGUUCUGUAAACAGAACAGUCUAUUAAGACCAUAAAUUAGUGCACUGGUAAAUUAAUGUUUGAAGCACUGUUCACCCGUGAUCACACCCACGACUGGUCUAGCUUGCUUGACAUUUCCGGGAAAAUGAAAAUAAUAGGUUGUAGCUGACGGUGAAGCGACAGUGAAGGUGACAACGACGCCGUCACCUUCCUACCGGAGACAACAUUAUUUUCGUCUCGUUUGGCAACUACAGAUAAAGAUUACGGCAUGGUAGAGCCUGCUGGAGCAAUGGCGAUGUUUGUCCUACGGCUGGCGGGGCUCCUGUCGCUCGAGAAUGCCCUCAAAGAACAGGAAGCCAACCUCACCCACGCACACCUCAACCUCACCGGUAUGGGCUUCACUCCUGAUACCUCCAACUUCACCUGGUCCUCCACCCAGUACCUGUCCCAUGUCAGCCCUCUCACUACCUCGAACCCUCGGACGGGCCAGGUAGCAGCUCCCACCACUUUGAACCCUUGGGCGGGCGAGGUAGCAUCUCCCACCACCGCGAACCCUCGGGCGGGCGCGGUAGCGUCUCCCACCACCUCGAACCCUUGGACGGGCGAGGUAGCAUCUCCCACCACCGCGAACCCUCGGGCGGGCGAGGUAGCAUCUCCCACUACCGCGAACCCUCGGACGGGCGAGGUAGCAGCUCCCACCACUUUGAACCCUUGGGCGGGCGAGGUAGCAUCUCCCACCACCGCGAACCCUCGGGCGGGCGCGGUAGCGUCUCCCACCACCUCGAACCCUUGGACGGGCGAGGUAGCAUCUCCCACCACCGCGAACCCUCGGGCGGGCGAGGUAGCAUCUCCCACUACCGCGAACCCUCGGGCGGGCGAGGUAGCGUCUCCCACCACCUCGAACCCUCGGGCGGGCGAGGUAGCAUCUCCCACCACCGCGAACCCUCGGGCGGGCGAGGUAGCGUCUCCCACCACCUCGAACCCUUGGACGGGCGAUGUAGCGUCUCCCACCACCGCGAACCCUCGGGCAGGCGAGGUAUCAUCUCCCACCACCUCGAACCCUCGGACGGGCGAGGCAACAGCUCCUGUAACACCAUCAUACCCUGCCACCACAUCAUCUACUUCAGUAGGUAAUUUACCACGGUCCGCACCAACUCUGACUUCACACUCCACUAUCGAUAGUUUUAUAUUGCCUAGAAUAAAUGAACUUCCAGUUAACCAUUCCCAAGUGUUAGCCAGCGUUACCAGCUAUAUUGGAAAUGCGCAUUCAAGUACUGACAAAAAUUCGUUGCCAGAUCAAAGUGACAACACAAAUUUUAAAAUGGCAAACGAUUCGAUAGAAAUGUUACCUAGAGCUAGUCCUCUGUCUGAUGUUCGAGAUAACGUUAAUGGCAACGAUGAUCAUGGUCCUCACUCUCUACACAAUGCUGCUUCACAAAUUCAACAAGGAAAAGAAGAACCGGAAAGACUAGAUCAUCGUGAACUUAUUGUACAAAAGGUACACGGUGGAGUUACAGGCGAUGGUGACGAAGGAUCUGGUGAGGAUCACGAAGAAAGACUGACACCAGGGCGAGGCUUGGAGCCACAAGGGAGAGGCACGGAGGCACAAGGGAGAGACACGGAGCCACAAGAGAAAGGCACGGAACCACAAGAAAAAGUCGCGGAACCACAAGAAAAAGGCGCGGAGCCACAAGAAAAAGGCGCGGAGUCACAAGGGCGAGGCACGGAGUCACAAGGGAGAGGCACGGAGUCACAAGGGCGAGGCACGGAGUCUCAAGGGCGAGGCACGGAGUCACAAGGGCGAGGCACGGAGUCACAAGGGCGAGGCACGGAGUCACAAAGGAGAGGCACGGAGUCACGAGGGCGAAGCACGGAGUCACAAAAACGAGGCACGGAGUCACAAAGAAGAGGCACGGAGUCACAAGGGCGAGGCACGGAGUCACAAAGGAGAGGCACGAAGGUCCCAGCUGUCGUAAGAACACGCAUAAGAAAAGGAAAAGGAAAAACCCGAAACAAGACUGUAUCUUCCAAUCCGGGACGAGGUGAAUCCCUUCCUGUGGACGUGGGGACAGGAAGUCAUAUCGACCCCUCUACAAUCCCCCCAACUCUGGCGGCACCCAUAUCGUCCCCACGAUCACGCCUGCGUCUCGAGGCUUUGGUUGAGGAUGACGACGUGUCGGCCCUGAUCGAUGCUCCCAGGUUGGUUGAUCUCGAGGCACCAUCUGAAGGAUUUGUGGAAAGUAGCUUUGAGUAUUACGACUUUGGGUCUCAAAAACAGUUAGUCACAGCGAAACCAACACUGUCUUCCCUGAGUUUAGUUAGUGCUGUACCAGUCAGACCUCCUUCCAGACCUCCAGAGCCUCGGAGGGAACACAGGGUGAUAAAGCCCGCUCCUGCCAGACCAAGGAAAGUGCCCCCAGCGAGACCCAUUCCUCCAGUGCGCCCCCAGCAGCCCGUGGCGAGGAAUAACCCAUAUCCGUAUGGGCCUAAGCUGCUUCCUGGACCGUUUGCUCCUCUCACGUCCAAUCUGCCACCUGUCAGAGAGAACAGCGAGGAGCGGGUCGCCACGGAGUAUAAUUAUGAAGAGGAUCUCGAUUACUACUACGACCCCGGGAAUAAUGAGGAGUCUAGGUAUGAGGUACAGACCAAAGAGCCGUCUGUCUUGUUCGUCUUCGACAAGCCUGGCUACUCCCCUGAGGCCCCCACCACCAUGGGCCCUCCCACACGAGCACCAACACCAAGUGACCCGUGGGACUGUGCACCAAGAUGCCCCAGAUACACACUGUUAGACUGGAGUAUGGACUAUGAUGUGAGGCUCUACCCAGAGACUCUGUGGGUCAGCACUGUCAUGAUCUCAGACAACCGUGUCCUGGCUGAGCUUGAGGGAUAUAUGCGUGUCCAAGACUACUUCUAUGGCCUCAAUGACCAAGGGAUGGUGCUUAACCUGACGGUGCCCUUUGUGACGCAGAUCAAGUUUGGCAAACAUCCUGGUGUGCUAGAGGAGACCAAUGACUAUACAGUUUCCCUCUAUGUCCAACCCACUUACUACCAGUAUGGUGAUCUCCCUACACCCAUCAGCAAUGAGGUUCUUGUGGAUGAGUUAGAAGCAAAGACAGUGUUCGUGCACAGCUUUGAGGCAAAUGUGUGGGAUGUGACAGAGAACUUCCUGCAGGAGAAGGUUCAAACUCUGAUGGAGCAGCUCAGACACAAUGGUGAGGCCUUCCUUGAUCGCUACUACUACCUCGCCUCCUACAGUAGACCAGAGUUAUACCAAGCAGUGUAUUAUGAAAUAUGGAUCUACGCGACCAACUUCCGUGACCCGCAGACACACACAAGGUCUUCACAGUACAAUCGACGGCCACAAACAAACAAGAUCACGCAGAAGACUCUCAAUAAACUCUGCAGAGGGGUCGAAUGUCCUAAAUUUGAGGUACUGAGAACAUACAAAUAUGGUAUCCAGAAGAGACGUUACUACCAUGGACUCUUUGCCUCUACUUCCCCCAGAGAAUGCCAGUUUACUACUAUGAGUGUCUGGAAAGGUUUUAUGCCCCUUCAUCUUUACAAACAUGGUGUCAAUUCACAUAUGGAGGUGAUUGAAGCAACACGACCUAUAGCUCUUGUACAUAUACGAGAUUCCACUGACCCUAAUACUGAGUGUCCACAGAACCUUACAAUGUCCCUCUAUCUUCCGCAGCGACUGCACUCCAACCCUCCAAUAACUGGAUAUGCUGCACCUUCUGUACACAUCACAGACUUAGAUGAUGUAAUUGUGUAUGCAUACACUGUUGGAGGUUAUCUUUUGGACCCUAUCCGUGUACGCAAGGAGUUGUCUGACAUGAAGUACAGGUUGUCAGAGUUUGGUGCCUGCUACAAAGAUGAUGAACAUUAUGUUGUCAUAUAUGAUUUCAUAGUUAGAUAUCAUGGACGUCAAAAUGAAAUUUGGAUAGUGGCAGAAAACUGCAAAGCGACACACAAUGGCUAAACACAAUUUUAAUAUUUAAACUGGUUACUUAUGGUGUCAAUAUAGAAUAUGGAGAUAAAUAUGCAAGUAAUUCACAUAAACAGCUUUGUGACUAUUGUACAGUCUUUACAAUUGAGAUGAUAUCCUGAGCAAGGUUUGUAUGUGAAUUUUAUACAAACAGUCUUGUAAUGUAGAUCUCCCAUAUGAAGAUGAAAUGAUUUAUGUCAACUUCUCAUUAGAAUCAGUAAUGAAAGACAAGCUUUAAUGUUGUAUAUAUUUUAAAUAUUGUAUUAUCCUUAAUGAAGAUAUCUUAUAUACCUACUAAUUUGGGAUACCUACAAUUAAUAGUUUACCUACACUGAAUUGAGAAUCAUAUUGUCAUGUACGUAAGAUUUGAUCUUAAUAAUAAGUGUUGAAUAAUGGUUUAAUGGCUAAUGCUGUGUUGGAAAUCAUGUACAAAGAUUAACUUUUUUGUACGCGGUAGAUCCACUUGUUAACUUCUGUUCACUUUAUGCUCAAAGUUAGCCACACAGUUAUUAAGAAGCUCUGUAAGAAAAAGGGAUACCAUGAGGGAGAGUGCAUGUGUCACCCUGCUGGACAGUGGGACACAACUUCUUAGAUUGGUAUGGGUGUAUCCUGUCAGGGACAGGAAGCCCCUUAAUUUGUUGAUGUCCUCCCAGCCAAGGUCGCGGCUUUGUCCAUGUAGUCACCCACUCUGUUGCCUUCCAAACUCAGUGGAUACAUCUACAGUACUAUGGAAAUGGCAGUAGUACUUACAUUUUAAAAGGAUGCUGUUGGACUCCACAAGGAUUGAUACAAAAUGUUUUCUAAUUUAAUAAUAUGACUUAUUAUUUAUUAGAAGAUGUUGUGGAUAGGACUUAAUAACAUAAAUAUAAAUGCUGUAAUUGUAUUUUUAUUAAAUAAUUUAACAUCAGUCAUUGAAUGGAGAGAGCACUAAGUUCUGACAAUGACAUAGAGAAUCACCAAGGUGAGAGUAGACCUUACUUGUAAUGCCAUUUUGCCCGUAAGCAGCUUUAUAAAAUAAAUUUGAUUUUGCAUUUACAUGCAAAACUUCAUCUACAAGUUAAGUAUCCUAUUAUCUUUGUAUUUUUCAAGUCAACUGUUGUUCAGAGAGGUACUCAAUUUUGCAUACAGUGUAUCCUACUUUAAAUUAAUUUUUCUUUGUUGAGUAAUGAAUUUAAAUUACAAUGUACAUACUGUAAAAGAUUUUAUCCAGCAAAUGUUCUAAUACUGUACAUAAUCUAAUUACUGUAGUGUACUUUUUUUUUUUUUUUUUUUUACAAUUUAUUUUGUUAACUAAGUGAUUGUCAUUCUUGUAAACCCUCAAAUGACACAACCUGAGGUCCCAGGCAGCCUGCCUUCUAACUCUUCAGUAACUCAUCUAACAUCAGUAACUUCUGCCGAGACCUCUUUGACAUCUUUCUUUCAACUAAGUGAUGCAGGGUUUGUCUACAUUGGUUCUGCUGGAGGCAAGUGCUAUUUUUGUUUUCAUUUAAUCUUUAUGAGUGUGUCUAUUCCAGCCUUUUAUUUACUUUUAUAAGUAUGAGGUAAAUGGUAAAUGUUCUCUAAGAAGAGACAGAUUUAAAUUUUGUUACAGAAUUGAAAAUAUUUUGUAACUAAAAAACAUAAAUGCUAAAUGAAAGUUCAGCAUUUCAAAAUGAUUUCUGUACAGUAUACAAUAUUUAUUUUGAAGAGGUUGAAUUUAAAAUUGCAGCCUCAUUAUAGUUACACAACCGAAUUUUCCAUGAGGGCCACUAUUUCCAGUGAUUUAUGGGGACAGGAAGCCAGUAAUACGUCAAAGGUGCCCCCAUUUUUCCUUGAGAAUUUUUUCCAACUUGAUUUUGAACUGCAGUAAUGUCUUAUAAUGUUAUAAAUAGUUCUAAGCAGAUAUUACUCGAUAUUCCAUACUCAAAUAAUGUAUUUUAGAUAAAUCUAUUAUGGGAAGAUUAUAUGAUUUUCGUUUUAGUGGGCCAGCCAGAGGCUUAGGGCCUGCGCAGGAAUAUCCCUGCAAAAAAAAAAAUGUGUUGUCUGUGUAUUAGCAAAGUCAAUAGGGGCAAAAGUAAAGUAAAUUGGAAGGAAUGAUUAAGAAUAGGUACCUAUGUGCGAGAUGUGAUGGCAGAGAAAUACUUGACGAUAUGAACUAUGAGUACAGUAUUGUAAUUAUCCAAGUGUAGUUACCUAAGUAUAGUUACAGGAUGAGAGCGAAGUUCAUGAUAGCCCGUCUUCUUUUUGUGUGUGCCAGAAUGUCUGCUUUCCAAGUUGUAUUAAUCUCUAGCUACAGAAAAAGGCUAAAAAAAUAAAAAAUUGCAGGUACUAAAGAUAAUUUAAAAGAUUAACUAACCAGUUUCAGCUUUUACUAUGAAGGCUUAAUUUAACUGCCUUUAAGAUGUACUUACUGCUAACAGUCUUUAGCAAAACUACUUUCUUAAUUUAUAUUCAUUAAAGAGUGAUUUUUGUAGAAAUAAAUGUAAGCCUUUUUUUUCUUAUGUGUGAAUUACGAUACUGUACAUUAAAAUUACUGUAUGUAUAUACUGUACAUUAUGUUAGUUUGUGAUAGAUUAAAUGGAUACAACAUAUAAGAUCACAAUAGAGAUUAAAAAUAUGGCUUUGAAUGAAAUGAGGAGCUCUUUUCUGAGUGAGCCCCCCUUGGUUACUUUCUGAGUCAAACACUUGGUCCACUCAGGACAGGGUCAGGUAUGCCAGGGCUUUGUCUAAUUAAAUCUCUCAAUGCAGCCCAUUUUUUUUUAUUUGCCGCUCACUAGAAAAUGCAAUGUUUUUACCUAACCAGAUAUGAACCCAAAUAACCCAUCUACCCUAUUGAGGCCAAGGCAUAGAAAAGUCAAUAUCAAUAUUAUGGUGCUUUCAUUUUUACUGAUUCUUGGUACUGUAUAUUCAGUGUACUGGUCAAUUCCAUAAAAAAUGUGAUAUAUAUUAAGUAUGAUGACUGGGUGCAAUGUGGCAGGUAUAUUUGCUGAAGAUCUUGUCACAAAAGUUUGAGAAAGGAGACCCUGAAGAAUUUUAAAUCUAGUAGAGAUUGUUUGAAAUAUAUAUAUCAAUCAGUGCAAGGAUUAACGUGUGUUAACAUCAGGUUAAGAUGCAACAGAGCUAGAUGAUCAUACAAAUUUGGCUUAUGGUAAUUUUACAAAUGUACAGAAUUUAAAAAUUAAUGUAACUAUAAGCCAGAUUAUUACCUGUACAUGUAUAGAACUAUAUAAGUGGCAUUGAGCUAUAGAUGAUGUGUGUUUCUUGGUCAGUUAUAUUAAGUACCAUAGGAUCUGGUCAGUAAUAGAUGUAUGAUUACAGGGACACAGCUGUGCCUAUUGCUAGAGGAACUUCAACAGACUAAUUAAGGGCAAUUCAUAGCACAUCAUUAAAUAAUUUUUUCUUUUAUAGUUCCCAUCCCUUCUAAAAUAUAAAAUAUUUAUGUUCUCAUUUUAUCAUCAAAAAACCUGUAGUCAUUUUUUGGGGGUUAAUUUCAAUAAGCAGUGACUGGCUUUCGUUAUAUAAUACAUUUUACUGAUAUCAUAGGCAGCAUGUAAUUACCUAAGUGUAGUUACAGGAUGAGAGCUAUGAUCGUGGUGUCUUCUCUUCUCAGCACUCUUUGUCAUAUAGCGCUCUGAAACUCUUGAUGGUUUUGGCCGCCAUCCCUUUCUCACUUAACAUGUUGCAACCGUCUACCACUCUGUUUGUGAAAGGGAAUUUUCUUAUAUUCCUUUGGCAGCUUUGUUUAUUUAGUUUAAAUCUAUGACACCUUAUUCUUGAAGUUCCAGGUCUCAGGAAUUAUUCCCUAUCAAUUUUAUUGAUUCGCGUUACUGUUUCAUAUGUAGUGAUCAUAUCGCCUCUUUUUCUCCUAUCUUCUAUAUAUAGAAAUUUGCUAAUUUAAUGGGUAUGGUUACAAAUACAUAUCAGAUGAUGCUUCAUGUUUAUAUUUCUUGCCACCACAGUGCUACAUUAUUAAAGUUUUGUACUCUGAUAAAGGUUGUUUUAUAUAAAUAACAUGUAAACAGGCAUUUGUAAUGUACCAAAUACUUAAAUAACUGGAGAAUAUCACAUUUAAAUUUUUAUUAUUGGUAUUUUUCAAGUAUACAGUGAUUUGUGCAUAGAUUAGACUCAUACUUGAGUGUUUUAUGGUUGUAAAUAAUAUUAAAAUCAUCAUACAUUAUAUACAAAAUUAUGUACAAUAUAUUAAAUUAUAUCAGUUAUACAGUAUGUAAAACUUCAGUAUUUACUAUUCCUUAUUUCAUUAUAUGGUGUUGAAUUUCUCAAAAUUCUUUAAUUGGGUAAUUUUUUACAAAAUUUCAACAUGUAAACUGCAUUACAGUUUGAUAGUACUGUACAUACUGUAUUGCAAAUUCAUAGAAAAGUACAGUUGUGUAGGGCAACACUAGAAAUACAUUCUGAAAAUUGAUAUAAUGUAACGAAAACUAUGUUUGCACAUAAUAAAAAAGUACUGUACAAUAAUAGUAUCACAUAUGUCUUGGUCAUUUUUAUUUAGGUUUCAUAUUUUUUCUCAUUUAUACAGUAUUUACAAAACAACAAUGUAAAUCGGGUUUAAGCAAUUUAUUAAGAAAUGUUGGCCUAAAGGUUCAUGGGACAUGUUUACCCAUCUCAUAAACAUUAAACUAAUCUACUUCUUAA